CCCCGCCACAAAAUCUCUGGGCCGUGAGCUUGGCUCGAAGAUUCCGCUCCAUCAAUCAUUUGUCCGGGCAGAUAGCCCGCCUUGUCCCAAGACAACACAAGUUGAUUUCAAGUUUCUGAGCAUCUGAACCAUCGGACCGUACCCUCAAUGAAAUUCUUAUGAACACAACCGGAACAGUGGACCGGGCUAGACCAGUAUGCACUGCCAAUGCCAAGGAGUCGAUAUGGGGAGCAGUGGACGAGACGACCUUCCGGACACAUCUUGUGGAACUCGAGCAAUUGACCAAUGCAGUGCCCGUGGCACCACAAGUAUUUUCUGCAAAUUCAUGGCUCCAGCGAGACGACGUCUCCGAUACGUUGAAACACGGCAAUUAUUACACUCUGCAGCUUCAUGAGGAACAACGACUUGCCGAUGACUUUGCCGCCCUGGCGUCCGUUGACCAAGGCGCCCAGAGCGUCUCGGCGGCUUGUGUCGAAGAACAGAUGUGCGAUUCGGGUAGUCGCAGGAUCACGAUCCGGCUCGCUGCCGUGGAUGCUCAGAUUGAUGGGGCUUCGGAGAGGGUGUUGCGUCGUGUAUGUGAUGAUCUGGCUGGACAUGCGACGAAUGUCAUUUCGGCUGCUGAAUUGAGCUCAGCCUCGGGGUCAGUCUCGGCCUCAACCUCAUCCGAUGACAAUGGCAUUGACGCCAAUACUGCCAUCUGCUGCUCCAGGCUCUUCGACCAUAUCGUUCGUCUCCACUCACGCCGUGUCCUGGCACGCCUCCGGUCUUCGAAAUGGGAAAAGCCACAAUUCCUUUCACGCACGCACAAGAAGCCUCUUCGGCAAGAUCUCCCCAAUCUCCUUCAUCGAGUACAAUUUCUAUUCACCAAGAAAGAAAGCUCAACACGGAAACAAGUGGAGGCUGAGAUCUCAGCCUUGGCUGCAGUGUAUGAAGAGUUUGAAACCACACCGGACACGUCGGCUUCCGACACAGUCGACAUGGACUCUCAAGCUAUCGCUGGUGAGCAAGAAGGUGAGACCGAAAUAUCUCGCAUCAAAUCCCUCAUCCAACAGAGCUACCAGUUCUGUAAAUCCCCGCACGUGAGGAUCUAUACGCAACGUCUCGAAGCCGCGACUUGUGCGUCAGCGUCGGCGAGGUCGUCUGAUCCAACUAAGCCAGCGAAACGCGUAACGCCACAAAUGUCGUCGGCGCUUAAGACGUUGCAUCAGAUUGAGAAGAUUGCCGCUUACUAUCGCAUUGCGAGGUCCCUUGUGGAUUUGGCGACACGUUAUCCAAAGCUGUUUGUCAAUGGUCUUAGUCUCGUCAGUCUGCGGCCAUACGCUAGUGUGCCGUCCAAUAUUAGCUAUGAACCAUGGGCCAAGUCGACACAUGUGCAUGCUGAAGUCCAGUUGGCUGUGUAUUAUGAUAUGGUCCAGGAGGAGGCUAGAAAUUCGUCUGACACAGGUUCACCUCGUGUGUCUACACCCACACCAACCACCAUCAUCACCACCACUGAACCAACUACCUUGGCGCCACGCACCAUCGGUGCCAGCAAAUACCUUUGUUUCCUGUGCCACCUGUUCCUAACCUUGCACGGAUCCUUCUUCCCCGCUACCACCCACGGCAGGCUCUAUGAUCAAUGGACUAUCCCCGACUUGUGCGAAUACUCGCCCGAAGUGAGACUUAGAUAUCGAGAGAUCAUUGCAGCAAUGGAUCGACAUGUGUGCAAGAGAACAGAAGAGGUGACUGCCACUGCGGUUCAAAGCCAGACACGGUCGCAGGAACCUACAGCUCUGGAUGGUCACACGAAUGCAACCACGGGGCGAGCUAAGGGUCGAGGUGAUGGGGCAGUGUGGAAGUGGAGAGCGGAGCCCAUGACUAGCAGGGAGAAUCUGAUCUUGGGAGAUGAAGAGUGA